UACACAAUAAAGUGGAGACAGCAAAACAAUGUUGAUGGAUGAACAUUUAAAGUCAAAAUAUACAACAUCAUGAAUCUAAAAAUAUGUGAUUAACAAGUACAUUUUUGUGACCCUUGCAGUCCUGUGACACCCCUGAAUACUUUCCCAGCCAAUUAUGUUCAGCGAGAGGCCUUAUCUGACUGUUUACUCCAAACGCUAUCACUGUCCUGCCACAGCCUCAGCCUCCUCACACACUCUCCACGCUCCACACGGACUAUAGCUCCAACCGGACACAGCUUGGCCACAGCAUGGCUCCUCACAUGCUCCUGCUGCCUGCUUUGGUCCUGUCUGCUCUGACAUUAGUGCACAUGUCUUACGCUCAGCAGCUGGAGGAGUCCUGCACCAUUCAGAUUCUGGUCCCAGGGCUCAAAGGAGAGCCAGGGGACAAGGGCCUGAAAGGGGCUCCAGGAAGACCAGGAAGAGUGGGCCCUCCAGGAGAGAUGGGUCCACCUGGGAUUAAAGGACACAAAGGAGUUUUGGGACGCCAUGGAAAAGUGGGGCCCAGUGGAAUGAAAGGCAACAAAGGAGAAAUGGGAGACCCUGGUCCAAGAGGUCCAAAUGGAGAGCCAGGGCUGCCGUGUGAGUGUGCUCCAAUAAGAAAGAUGAUUGGAGAGAUGGACCUCCUUGUUGCCCAGUUAUCCUCUGAACUGAAAUUCAUUAAAAAUGCCCUGCCCUCCCCUGCAGCUGUUGCUGGCAUAAAAGAGACAGAGAGUAAGGUGUAUCUGCUGGUGAAGGAGGAGAAGCGCUUCUGGGACGCUCAGCUCUACUGCCAGGCAAGGGGAGGGCACCUGGCCAUGCCCAAAGACGCUGUGUCCAACUCCGCCCUGGCUGUGUACCUCCAAGAGCAGGGGGUGGGAAGAGUCUACAUCGGCCUGAACGAUGUGGACCGUGAGGGGGUCUUCACCUACGUGGACUCCUCUCCCAUGAGCACCUUCAGCGCCUGGAGGCGAGGAGAACCCAACAAUGCCUAUGAUGAUGAGGACUGUACAGACCUGCUCUCCUCUGGAGAGUGGACUGAUGUGUCCUGUACCCCUACUAUGUACUUUGUCUGUGAGUUCACAAAAGACAGCAUCUGACACAACAGCAUCAUGGAGUGAGAAGGAGAGCUCUUUAUUAUUGGACACACUUAAACACUGGAGAAAGUCCUGCUCGGUAGAGUAAGUGGUGUGGCCCAUGUCCUCAGUGAGCGCUCCACUACAGCAUAUUUUACCAGCUCCUGCUGCUUUAGUGA